AUGAAAGGUAGUAUCAUAGAAGAAGAGUUUAUCAUCCCAAAAUAUCCCCUGCUGCCGGUGCCACUCAUCAAAUAUGAAACCAUACACAAUCUGGACUGCAGCAAAGAUCUGAGUGUCAGUCUGCCAAUCGCUAUAGAAGCCGUGAAGGAUGCUGCAGGUGGCGAUGCUCCCAAGGCGCCAACGGCUGGCGCUCGAAUGUUUCAGAGCAUUGGUUCGAAAGAGGCAUUCUCGGAGGAGCCCGAGGAGAUCAAAUACAAAUGGAACUCGCCGCGUCUGAUGAUACUCUGUGCGGAUGGGGACAUCAAUUGUGCCAUGCACUAUCUGUUGGAGUCCUUACACGAUCCCUUUGCUGCCAAUGCGGUGGCCACGCUGCUGCUGCAGGAGUCCAUGCUGGAGGAGUUUGUGAAUCGACUGGAGGAUCGCUUGGAGGAGCUGCGCCCCGAGAUAGCCAAUCAUCCGGUUUAUCUGACAACUCUGACCAGAAUCGAAGAGUUGAAGGCCAGAACGAUUGUGUCCUCCUUGGAGAAGGUGCCACGGCACGCCUCGCCCACGAUUGUCUUCGAUCUCAGUCACAGUUACCUGGGGAAUGGACCCACUGGGGUCAUAACCCUGCACACCUUUCGCACCUUCAAGGAAGCCCUCCAGCUGCAGGCGCGCGAGUCGGUGGACUUCACUUCGGUGAGCAUCUGGAAUGAGAAACUGAGCGCCGCUUACGAGCUGGUAGCACGCCUCAAUUUCGAUAUAUUUUUGCUGAACUGCUUCUACGUGAAUCUGGACCCCAUUGGGCUGGCAUUUGUGAGCAAUCUCAACUCUGCGAAAGUCACCCAGGACUACCACUACGAAACGCUGACUUUCAAGAAGAAGCGCAAGGUGAUUGUUCAUCCGGCGACCACCAUCUGGGGCCAGAAGGCCAAGGAGUUGCAGCCACCACAGCCGCGAUCUCUCAAUGCGAUGGUGAUGUAGAGCCCCUCAUCCAGCCUGCCCCCUCUGGGGGUCACUCAACUCUGGAAAGUUUCGGCAACAAAUGCUCCACCCAAAAAUAUCGGACUAAUUGAGUUUACAGCUGCUUGGGCAGCAGCUCCAUUAGCAAUUUGAUUGCCCAGAAAUAAGUUUCUAAGGAAAUUCAACAGGCGGCUCGCUCGUUCUUUUGGAAGAAUAAUCAAUGGAAAAUUGUCGGUGUGCUGUGAGUGUGUGUGUGUGUGUCUUUUAGAUGUCCCUCUUUGGUGUUGUUAAAAUUAAAAAUUCCU